UGGCCGAGGCUGGUUUUCCGUCUGGUGAGGGGUUACUUCCGGGUCAGACGGCGCUAGCUGCAGCAUCGAAGUGUGGCAGUGCUGGGCGGGCCGGCGGGCUGGGCUGCGGCCCGCGCGCGGCAGGCGAUGCAGGGGGGCAACUCCGGGGUCCGCAAGCGCGAAGAGGAGGGCGACGGGGCUGGGGCUGUGGCUGCGCCGCCGGCCAUCGACUUUCCCGCCGAGGGCCCGGACCCCAAAUAUGACGAAUCUGAUGUUCCAGCAGAACUCCAGGUGUUAAAAGAACCCCUACAACAGCCAACCUUCCCUUUUGCAGUUGCAAACCAACUCUUGCUGGUUUCUUUGCUGGAGCACUUGAGCCAUGUGCAUGAACCAGACCCACUUCGUUCAAGACAGGUGUUUAAGUUACUUUGCCAGACCUUUAUCAAAAUGGGGCUGCUGUCUUCUUUCACUUGUAGUGACGAGUUUAGCUCACUGAGACUACAUCACAACAGAGCUAUUACUCACUUAAUGAGGUCCGCUAAAGAGAGAGUUCGUCAGGAUCCUUGUGAGGAUAUUUCUCAUAUCCAGAAACUCAGAUCAAAGGAAGUAGCCUUGGAAGCACAAACUUCACGUUACUUAAAUGAAUUUGAAGAACUUGCCAUCUUAGGAAAAGGUGGAUAUGGAAGAGUAUACAAGGUCAGGAAUAAAUUAGAUGGUCAGUAUUAUGCAAUAAAAAAAAUCCUGAUUAAGGGUGCAACUAAAACAGUUUGCAUGAAGGUCCUACGGGAAGUGAAGGUGCUGGCGGGUCUUCAGCACCCCAAUAUUGUUGGCUAUCACACCGCGUGGAUAGAACAUGUUCACGUGAUUCAGCCACAAGCAGACAGAGCUGCCAUUGAGUUGCCAUCUCUGGAAGUGCUCUCCGACCAGGAAGAGGACAGAGACCAAUAUGGUGUUAAAAAUGAUGAAAGUAGCAGCUCAUCCAUUAUCUUUGCUGAGCCCACCCCAGAAAAAGAAAAACGCUUUGGAGAAUCUGACACUGAAAAUCAGAAUAACAAGUCGGUGAAGUACACCACCAAUUUAGUCAUAAGAGACUCUGGUGAACUUGAGUCGACCCUGGAGCUCCAGGAAAAUGGCUUGGCUGGUUUGUCUGCCAUUUCAAUUGUGGAACAGCAGCUGCCACUCAGGCAUAAUUCCCACCUAGAGGAGAGUUUCACAUCCACCGAAGAAUCUUCUGAAGAAAAUGUCAACUUUUUGGCUCAGACAGAGGCACAGUACCACCUGAUGCUGCACAUCCAGAUGCAGCUGUGUGAGCUCUCGCUGUGGGAUUGGAUAGCCGAGAGAAACAAGCGGGGCCGGGAGUAUGUGGACGAGUCUGCCUGUCCUUAUGUUAUGGCCAAUGUUGCAACAAAAAUUUUUCAAGAAUUGGUAGAAGGUGUGUUUUACAUACAUAACAUGGGAAUUGUGCACCGAGAUCUGAAGCCAAGAAAUAUUUUUCUUCAUGGCCCUGAUCAGCAAGUAAAAAUAGGAGACUUUGGUCUGGCCUGCACAGACAUCCUACAGAAGAACACAGACUGGACCAAUAGAAACGGGAAGAGAACACCAACACAUACGUCCAGAGUGGGUACUUGUCUGUAUGCUUCACCCGAACAGUUGGAAGGAUCUGAGUAUGAUGCCAAGUCAGAUAUGUACAGCUUGGGUGUGAUCCUGCUAGAGCUCUUUCAGCCAUUUGGAACAGAAAUGGAGCGAGCAGAAGUUCUAACAGGUUUAAGAACUGGUCAGUUGCCGGAAUCCCUCCGUAAAAGGUGUCCAGUGCAAGCCAAGUAUAUCCAGCACUUAACGAGAAGGAACUCAUCGCAGAGACCAUCUGCUAUUCAGCUGCUGCAGGGCGAACUUUUCCAAAAUUCUGGAAAUGUUAACCUCACCCUACAGAUGAAGAUAAUAGAGCAAGAAAAAGAAAUUGCAGAAUUAAAGAAGCAGCUAAACCUCCUUUCUCAAGACAAAGGGGUGAGGGAUGACGGAAAGGAUGGGGGCAUAGGAUGAAAGUGGACUUAACUUUUAAGAAGGUUCUACCGCAGAAAUUGAUGUGUGCUCCCUGCCCUCAUCACUGCCUAAGCACGGGCCUGCACAUACUCACUGGACAGUUCCAGUUUUGACAGCUGCCAGUCUUCCUACCCCUUUCACACUGCAGCCGAAGUUCAUUACCUGAAGGACGCCUGAUCGUUUCAUUCCUUGGCUCCAAACCUUCUGCUGCCUCUAAGAUAAAAGCUCAACUUCUUAACAGUGUACAGUGUGCAACUUCCAACCUUUUUAUCUGUUCUCUCCACCUUCAAUUUAGCGUCAUUCCAAAACCACACCCUUGCAAAGCUUUGUACUCCACACCCCAGAUGAUCUCCAGGCAGCUCAGAUCUCUUUCCUGCCUUUGCCCUGCACUGUUCCCUCCUACUUCCUCCUUUAUUGUAGCACUCAGCUCCCCAGCCAAUCUACAUCCCUCAGAGGCAGCGAUCUGAUGAAUUGGUUUUUGAAUCCCAGAAAGGGUCUGCCAUGGAGUCGGCAGUCAUCACGGUAGAUAGCAUAUGAUUUUGCUGAAUUUUAAAUAAAAUGAAAACCACAAA